GACGUUUUCCUGGAUUGCUUAUUAGGCAUCUAUAGUUUACACGCCUUCCGCCAAAUCCAGCGGAUACCACAUUGACGCCCAUCAUCUUUGGCGGCUGUACACAAUACAGACACCCGGAUGUCAGCUUCGGUAAAAAAGCCUACUCUCGUUUCUCAAUCCGGCAAAUCGAAAGUACAACCUGCCGGACGCCCUGCCAAGCAGGAACUCACGGAGGAUCAAAAACUGGAAAUAAAGGAAGCUUUUGAUCUGUUCGAUACCGACAAAACAGGUUCCAUCGAUGUGCAUGAGCUGAAAGUUGCUAUGCGGGCUCUAGGCUUUGAGCCUAAACGGGAGGAGAUUAAAAAGCUUCUCGUGGAGUUUGAUUGUGAUUCCAAGGAGACGAUCGAAUAUUCUGAUUUUUUGCAGAUGAUGACCGUAAAAAUGCAGGAUAAGGAUGCUAAGGAAGAAAUUCUAAAGGCGUUCCGUUUAUUUGACGACGAUGAGACGGGAAAGAUAUCCUUUAAAAACUUAAAACGUGUUGCUAAAGAAUUGGGAGAAAAUCUUACCGAUGAAGAGCUACAGGAAAUGAUCGACGAGGCCGACCGUGACGGUGACGGGGAGGUAGAUGAGCAAGAAUUCCUGCGCAUUAUGAAGAAAACUAACUUGUACUAAUUUGUUCCCCCUACCUACGUCCAUUUGCUUUUCAAAACCCACACAAAAUUCCCAUCCGGCUGUUCUCACUGAGUUCGCUUUCCUCAGUGAAUCCUUCGAUCUUUCUAUUGUUGCCACAGCGUUCACUUAAAGUCUAUUGUCUUCCAAAACGUUCUCACCUUCGCAUUUGUGGUUCAUUAAAGUAUGUUACGGUAAAUGUCACAGAGUGUGUACUUUCGUAUUGGGUGAAUACGAUACGAUUUUAGGCA